GGUCGUAUCUUUAUGGGUCAGUAAUAUUGUAGAAGUGUUAUGUGAACUAUAAAUUGUACAGUAUUUAGCCAACAAGCUCCGAGCGGCAAACAUGAAGCUUUACGAACUAUUGGCUAUAAUAAUUUUGAUUGCUCCAACUAACGGGGCCAGCUUCCUUAAGAAACGAGACCAGGAAAAGAAAGUGCGCUAUGACAACUAUAGCGUGUUUAGGAUUAAGUAUGAAACCUCCUUGCAGCGACAGAGUCUGCUCGAGUUAACAAAUAUAAAACAGAGUUUUAAGCUGUGGCGCGACGACAACUCUGAGUGCAAUCUGAUGGUCGCUCCCAGUGCAAUGCCUCUAUUCGAAGAAAGAUUAAGAACUGUGAACGUUACGGCUGAAAUGUUUAUUGAAAACGUGCAGGAUUUGAUUGAUCACGAGAACGAAGCGGACACAAGAGCAGACGCGACAUUUGGCUGGACACGUUACUAUAACUUGGCUGAAAUCGAUGCUUGGCUAGAUACCAUGUUGGCUGCUUACCCAGAUGUUACCUCUGGCUUUGUCCUCGGUCAGUCUUAUGAAGGCCGGGAUAUACGUGGACUACUAAUAUCAUACAAAUGGGGUAAUCCUGGCGUGUUCAUUGAGUCUAAUAUUCAUGCACGCGAAUGGAUUACCUCCGCCACGGCCACAUGGCUGAUCAAUGAGCUGCUCACCUCCAAAGAUGAAUUGGUGCGUGAGUUAGCCGAAAGCCAUGAUUGGUACAUAGUCCCAGUUCUGAAUGUGGAUGUAUUUGUUUACACACAUGAAACGGAUCGCCUGUGGCGUAAGACGCGUCAGCCCUCGCGGAUUUCGGAUUGCGUUGGCGUUGAUCCAAAUCGGAACUACGACUCCCAUUGGAUGGAGAAUGGUGGCGCCUCAUCGAAUCCCUGCGACGAAACUUAUGCUGGGCCACAACCCUUUUCUGAGCCAGAGAUUAAAGCGAUGUCGGACUUUGUUAGCAUCCUCAAGGAUAAAAUUAAUGUUAUGCUUGCCUUUCACUCCUAUAGUCAGCUUUUGUUAUCCCCUUAUGGCCAUACAGCGGAGGAGUUUCCAGAAAACUACGCUGAUUUAAUGCAAGUUGCCAAGGCUUACAGCGAUGCCGUCCAUCAACUGCCCUAUGGCACUAUCUACAAGUAUGGCUCAUCAGCCGGCAUUCUCUAUCCGGCCUCAGGUGCCACUAACGACUGGGCAUACAACGAGCAGGAUAUUAAAAUAUCCUAUACCAUUGAGUUUCGUGACACUGGGAAUUUCGGCUUUGUACUGCCCGCCGCCUUCAUAAAGCCUAACGCCGAAGAAACAUUGAUAGGCAUCAUGGCGCUCCUGGCUGAAUCCAAAAAGUUGGGAUACAUGGAACCCAAAUAUACGCGGAAUUAAAAAAGUUGUUUUAUUGAUUUCUUAACCUACCCACUAUGGAGCUCUAAUUUUUAAUGUUCAAUCAGUCCUCAGAAGCUCACUUUGAAUAGGAGGUAAAGACUACUCUUUAUCGAACCGAGUUUGUUAUGAGUUAGUGAAUUCUAUACCUUUAAAAGAUAAGA